AAAAAGCAUAACACAGUAAAAUAAAAUGGGUGAUGAGCUUAGGGUAUUUACUUGGACAAUAUUUGUGGUAUUUUUGUUUGUGAAUGUUGCAACUUGUCAAGAUGCAUUGGCACCAGAAGUUGGAGAUGGAAGAAGGACGGGUUUGGUUCCUGCCAUGUUUAUAUUUGGAGACUCUUUAAUUGACAAUGGCAAUAAUAAUAACUUGCCAUCAUUUGCAAAGGCCAACUAUUUCCCUUAUGGGAUUGAUUUUGAUGGUGGCCCUACUGGUCGUUUCUCCAAUGGUUACACCAUGGUUGAUGAAAUUGCUGAACUACUAGGACUGCCACUCAUUCCAGCACACUCACAAGCUUCAGGAGAUCAAAUGCGCUUUGGAGUCAACUAUGCCUCUGCUGCUGCUGGAAUUCUUGAUAAUACUGGCAGGAACUUUGUUGGACGCAUUCCAUUCAAUCAACAAAUAAAAAACUUUGAGAAUACACUUGAUGAAAUAACAGACAAUCUUGGUGCACCGGAUGUGGCACAGGCAUUAGCAAAAUGCAUCUUCUUUGUAGGAAUGGGAAGUAAUGACUACCUCAACAAUUACCUUAUGCCUAAUUACGACACUAAGAAUCGCUAUAAUGCUCAACAAUAUGCCAAUCUCUUGGUUCAGCAGUAUACACAACAGCUUACUAGAUUGUAUAAUCUUGGAGGAAGAAAAUUCGUGAUUGGUGGAGUAGGACUAAUGGGUUGCAUUCCAAGCAUUCUUGCACAAAGUAAUAGUAAUGUAUGCUCAGAAGAAGUGAAUCAGCUUAUUCUUCCAUUCACUAAUAAUGUUAAGUCAAUGCUUAGCAACUUAAAUGUCAAUCUUCCUGGUACCAAAUUCAUCUACAUUGACAUUAAGAACAUGUUCCAAGAUCUCCUUGCCAAUUACAGACGAUAUGGAUUUAGCGUGAUAAAUAGAGGGUGCUGUGGGAUAGGGAGAAACAGAGGACAAAUUACAUGUCUGCCAAUGCAAACACCAUGUCCAAAUAGGGAUCAAUACAUAUUUUGGGAUGCCUUUCACCCAACAGAGGCAGUCAACAUCCUGUUUGCAAGGAAAGCUUUUAAUGGUGGUCCUGAUGUUGUUUAUCCCAUCAACAUCCAGAACCUUGCCAGCCUUUAAUUUAGCUUUCAUGUGUGUGUGUAUUUUUCUAUACUUAGUUGAGAAAAUGUGAAGAUCAGCUGAAAUUUACAGUGGACUGAGGCAGUUGCUCAUGUACUACGAUGUGUAGAAUUGGAAAAUCUUUAAUUGUCUCUACACAUUAAUGCUG